CCUCCUCUCUCUCUCUCUCUCUAUCUCAUCUCCCUCCUCCUCCCUCCCCCUCUGUCUGUCUGUCGCUCUCUCUCACUCUCUCUCUGUGUCACACACACACACACACACACGCAUGCACACACACACACACGCACACAGACACACAUGCUCUAGGUCAUCAGUGGCAUCUUUGUGCUGGAGAUUGUUGGAGAUUACUACUUUACCUCGGGCACACAUGCCCAGUACGAGGUCAGUGGUGGUGGAUGUUGAUGUGGAUGGAUGGCUCAUGAGAGAGAGGAGCCUUACGCUGGGCAAACGGGCGCGCGUCGAAUGCCAAUGAGCAGGCCACGGGCAUCAUCAUCAAGAAGUGAGAGCAUCACUUCCUUGUUCUGCGUCUUCACCCCGUGUCUGUGAGCCGCUCUGUACCUGGCUGUGGAACAUGCUCGUUCCUCUCACCACAGGGGAUGAUGUCCCAUCAGACAGCGCUCCACAAAGCGGCGAUGGUGGGCAGCCGUGACGGCGUCGCAGCUCUCAUCAAAGGUGGCUGCGCUCUGGACCUGCAGGACAAAGACGGAAACACAGCUUUGCAUGAGGUGUCCUGGCACGGCUUCAGUCAGUGUGUCAAACUCCUGGUAAAAGCCGGCGCUGACGUCCUCACCAAGAAUAAGGCAGGAAACACAGCGUUGCAUCUGGCCAGUCAGAAUGGCCACUGCCAGAGUGCUCGUCUUCUCCUGCUCGGAGGGUCCCAGCCCGACAGCAAGAACCAUGUAGGAGACACGUGUUUGCACACCGCCUCUCGCUACAAUCAGCUGGCCAUGAUCAAAAUUCUGCUCGGCGCUCUUUGCUCUGUGGCGGAGAAGAAUGAGGUAGGAGAUACUGCCCUGCACGUUGCUGCUGCUCUGAACCACAAGAAGACAGUAAAUCUGCUACUGGAGUCGGGAGCUGACAGCGGCAUCAGAAACAAUGCGGGCCAGACGGCUGUGGAUAAAGCCCGGGACCAGAACCACAGAGAGGUGGCCGUGCUCCUGUCCAAAGCCGACCAGGUGAGCAGCACCGCUGUCAGACCACACGCUACCUGCCCCGCUACGCCACGCCGACUCACCGUCAUUCACCAUCAGGUCAUCAGCACAAGGUCAUUCACCACCACAAGGUCACUCAUCACAAGGUCAUUCACCACAAGGUCACUCACCACCACACAGCAAGAGGAGAGGGCAGCAUAUCAUUUCAUUACGCUGCCGUUCAUACACGGACUUGUGUGCUGUCACGUGGGUCAUCGCUUUGCUCGGGCGAGGACGGUGAGGAAGAGGAGAGACCAGCUGAAGACUGCCCGGAGAGCUCAGUCCGUCCCCAGGGAUGAGGUCCCUGCAGGCAAGGAGAUCACAUCCGUGGCUGAGGCUGAGGACUCUCACAGCAGUGACCAGGCCCUCAACAAACGCAUCGAGAUGGUCAGCAAAGCUAUGUCCAGCCCUCGAAACAGGAGGAAGCUACGCAGGCUCAAAGACAGGGCUGACCCCCACGCGAGGAGGGGGGGUCACGGGAGACGAGCGCGCAGUGCCAGCCCACCGGACGAGGACGACGCCACCUUCCCCGACGGCAAAGCCUACCAGCUGUACACGCUCUACCGCGACAAGGACGGCAAAAUCAAACAGGCCCCGGCCACAGACUGCCACUGCAAGCCUCUGAUCAAGAAGCUGGAGAACCAGCUGAAGGCCACCAAGAUGGAGAUCCGCUCUCAGAUCUACAGCAUCCACGAGGAGAUGAACAGCAAGUUGGGCCGCAUGGACCGACAGAGCAAACACCAGAUCAAAGUGCUUCAGAAGAUAGCACAAGAGCGUGUGUCUGUGGAGGGGAUGGAAUGUUUGUACCGCAUCAACCAACGGUCCACCAUAGAGAGACUGAACGAGGAGCGCAGACAGGCCAGGAAGGCCAGUGAGCUGAAGAACUGGUGCAUGUCCAAGAUCCAGGACAUGGACGUGCGUCUGCCCGGCGACCCGCAGUACUUCAAGCUCCUCCCCUCGCCCUCCGUGGACCAAUCGCUGCUGGAGACGGACCCCGAGUGCCUGCCGCUUCUGUCGGUGGUGUCGGAGGAGAGCACCAGCUCCCUGGCCACCUACGUCAACGUGCUGCCCAGCCCAGGGUUGGCACCCUACGCCGCCGGCCCAGGAGCCGACUUCGACGACGUGUUUGGCAGGAAGUACUUCGAGGUGAAAGUGGACAGCUCCUCAGAGGAUCAGCAGCACCCUCCUGAGCUGGACUACGCCGUCCCCACCCUGCAUCUGCCCAUGGUCCGGCACCAGCUCUUCUCUCGGCCACGGCCCAUCUCUGGCGACCCCCGGUGGCUGCCGGCGGACCUGCAGGAGACCGACUCCUCGGAGCCCCGAGCUGACCGGCACGUCGGCGUCGGCGUGGACGAGUUCUACCUGAGCACGCCCAGCGACAGCCUCUCGCCCUGCAGCCGCCCGCCGGGGGGGGGCGAGAGCGACCCGGACGACGCUCUCCCGCCGGGCUGGCAGCGCCACCGUCUCCCCCCCAGGCCGCACCCGGUCCGCGACGGCAUCGCGAGCGCCGCCACCUUGUCCCACCGACACUCGUACGGCGGCGGCGGCGUCGGGAGCGUGCUGGGCGCCAGAGGCGUGCGGUCGCUCGAGCUGUACGGCGGCGGUGUUGCCGUUGGCGUCGGCGGCGUCGGCGGAAUGGAGCGUCCGGCGGAGAUGUCCUUCAUCCAGGAGCGGGACAACCUGCACGCGGUGGAGGUGACGCAGCGCUUCUUCGAGACGGUGUCCACGCAGCUGGAGCGCUGGUACGAGCGCAAGAUCAGCGAGGCCCAGCGACUGGCCGAGCAGCGCGCCACUCUCGACCGCUCCUCCCUCAUGGAGCGCAUCAGCAGCCUGGAGGAGGAGCUGCAGGGCCUCAGGGCCAACACACACACCUAGACACACACAGUAGACAUACACACACACACACACACACACACACACACACACCUAGACACACACACACACACACACACACACACACACACACACACACACAUACA